AUUUGCUAAUGCGAAGUUUGAUAGUGCGAAGUUUGAUAGUGUGAAGUUUGAUAGUGCGAAGUUUGAUGGUGUGAAAUUUGAUGGGGCAAAGUUUGAUGGUGUGAAGUUUGCUGAUGUAAGGUUUGUUGGUGUGAGAUUUGUUGACAUUUGGUUUGUUGUUGAUGUAACAAUUGAAGCGGCGACAGCAGAUAUAUUAAAAGUAUUUUUUCUUAGACUUUAG